CUUCCCCACAAUUACACAUGACAUCACCAACUUCGAUCGAGAAGGGCAACGAGCACAUUGCUAUCGAGAUUGACCGAGGUUACAGUUCCUCCGAGAAAUUAGUCUGUCUUCUGCAUCUCACACUAUUAGUGUGUAUCUUGAGCAACCCGCUGAAGAAACAGAUUCUGAGCCUUUGUCAUUCCACAGAGUUCCUCCGGGCAAAGCGAGCCCUCCCAGGAAGCAUACACUAUUCUGUAAUUGCCAUGCCUAGUCCGGAUUCUAGCCUCAUGCCUUUGAGGGUUUGCGACAGGUGUAUUCGUAAGAAGGUGAGGUGUAACCAGGCACGGCCAACUUGCUCUCGCUGUUUUGAGCUAGGAGAGACGUGCAGUUAUACUUCAGUAAAACGCAAGCCUGGACCUUCCAUUGGAUCCCACUACGGAUCUAAUUCAUCAAAGUCACGCAGAUCUUCAGGUAGCCAAGAUUUCCCCUACAAGCGCCGCAAUAGCCCUUCAAGGGAGGCUCCAAGGAAGGACCUUUCCAGUGACGAAGCUGCACCCGCUUCGGAAGGUCAUAUCCUACAAGACCCGUUGGGAUUCUCGCCCCCUGUGACCACCGCCAAUCAAACACCGACCAACGUCUCCCACAUUGCUAGCCAGAUAAUAUUUACACCCGAACAGGCUGAGUAUCUCCUUGAGAGUUACUUCGAUAUUCUUCAAGAUGCGAAUCCUAUCUUCUCUAAAGAGCUUUUCUUACAUCGGUACAGGAGCUGCCAGUGCAGUGAAGAUCUAAUUUCAACGAUAUUGAUCAUGACCGCGAAGCUUACCGGAUUUACCGUAAACGAAGAUGACCCAAUCAUUUUAGACACAUGUCUUGAUCAAAUACUCAGUUCGAGUAUAUUGGAAGACGAUUUGAUUGGUGAUAUCCUAUCGCUCGAUCAAUUUCGAAAGGCAUUCAUUCUGGCAUUCUAUGAAUUUCACCAGUUUCCUGGGCACCAAGCUUGGCUUCGAGUUGGUAGAGUGACACGCAUGGCCUACCGUAUCGGGCUCGACCGCCUGGACCAUAUCCGCACGCUCUACCCUGACUGGAAUACCGUCAGUCCUGAGGAUAUCCAGGAAUGGAAGUCGCUCUGGUGGUGUCUUUACCGUCUUGACACCUAUUCUAAUAUUUCUUCCGGGACACCGUAUUUGGUUGAUGACAGUGUCAUAUGCACCUCAUUGAUUCAAAGCCACGCAGUUCAGCCAUCGGGUGCAAGCAACAAUUCUUCAGAGCUCUUUUUACAGCCCAAAUCAGAAGACCUAUCCAAAGUUCUUCUUGCCGCCUCUUCAAGUCCAGAGACGUUGCUAAUGAAUGUUCAUAACAUCACAACCGCUAUCCUGCGCCAGGCCGGACUCGUCUUUCGCUUGAAUUUGCCACGCUCUCAAGAAGCAAUAGGUGCUCAAGUUGCGAAAGUCGAACGACAACUCGCUACAAUUCGUUUAGCUCUCCCUCCAGGCUGGCUAAACCCAAGACGGAAUGCAUUCUCCGACGAAUCCCACGCUGAUCACCAUGCACGGACAAUCACUGUCCUUCAUCUGCGAAUGGCACAAUUACUCCUCUCAAUUGCAGAUACUGGUCUACGACAAGGUGAUGAAUGGUUGCUAAGCUGGCAAAACGUUCUCGAGACAUCUCAGGAUAUCGCAUCUAUCGCAGAUCAAUGGGAUAGCUCAUUCUGCCUCGCUGUCGACCCAGCAAUUUCAUUCACCAUCUUCACAGCUAUGAUCUUCCUAGAUCUUCAUAAAAAGGCUACCAUCAUGGCGGAGCACAACCAUAGUUCCGAUAUUGACCACCAUAUCACCGUACUACAUCUCCAAUUGCAGCAUUUUGCUAGGAUUUGGACUCUACCAAGGCUUCUCAAGCUUUCCUUUGAGAGCUUUAGUCAAUCAGUAUCUGGUCCACUCUCCCAUCGCCAUAUCACUCUGAUAUUGUCGCGCUUUGAGGCACCCUUACAUCCUCGAUGGUUACAGUUUCUCUCAUCUGCCAACACAGUUCUAGCAGACUGUCAAUAGUUUUUCCAGAAACGCCAGCUCAAUAUAGACUCCUAUCUAACAUAUCACCACCUCAUCAUUUUACAUAAAACCAAAG